CCUUCCUUUCCCAUAUACUUUUACAAGCUUUUGAUUUAUUUCCUUUUACUUUCUUUUUUUUUUCAUUUUUAUUAGCACUAGUAAAGUCAUGUUGUCCACUGUUCCGACCGUUUUUUCCUCCGGUUUGAUGUUCGACAACGAUCAAUAUCUGGCUUUGGAAAGCGGCUUCACGCCGUGGGAUUGCUCGGAACUUCUCUCCAUUUCCCAAACAAUAGAACCCGCAAUAUUGGGAUCCGUUUCAGAUGAACCACUCCAGGGCCAUACAAAUUCGAACUCAGGUUCGGAUGAACCAAACCAACCGGAUUCCUCCGUCAUCGACGAGCGAAAGAGGAGACGCAUGAUAUCGAACCGUGAAUCAGCCAGGAGGUCACGGAUGCGUAAACAGAAGCAUUUAGAAAACUUAAGGAGCCAGGUGAACCGGCUUAGACUCGAGAACAGAGAACUGACCAACCAGUUGAGGCUCGUUUUGUGCCACUCUCACCGUGUAGCAACAGACAACGACCGCCUCCAGUCUGAACAUAGUAUUCUCCGACGAAAAUUAUCGGACAUACAUCAAAUUUUGCUAUUGAAGCAACUGCAGCAGUUUUCAUCUGCAUGGCCAUGCAAUAACGUCGUUACUGUCAUGUCCGAUCAAACCCCACCAUUAAUCACUUAAACAUGCAUUCAUACAUACGUAAUAUAUAUAAUCGGAUGAUAAUGGUGGGUUUAAUUACUUUUAGGAUAUAUUAAUACUUUCGCGAACUGAGGGGAUGAUGGAAACAGAAAUGGUUUUGUUUUGAGAAACCAGAGUAUUUUAGUGUAAGAAGCUAGAGUUAGUGCAGUGUUUGGUUUCAGUAUAUAUAUAUAUAUAUAUAUAUAUAUAUAUAUAUAUAAGAGAUUUUUGUUGGUUUUUCCUUGUUGUUACUUGUUAGUAUUUAAAAGUCGUCAAAG